UAUUAUUCGAAGGAAAUAGCCUCCAGUUCUUCUCUGGUGGAUCAGGUACGAGAGAUUUGUUGUGGGCUAAACUACAUCCAUUCUCUCGAUCUUCCUUGGCUUUCAGCCAUUUUCCAUCAUCGAUUCCAUGAUCGAGUAAAUGGUGAUUUCCACUGGCGAUGCAGUCCUUGACACGAGUGAUUAACUCUUGACGUUUGCCACUUUGUUUUAGGCCUCUGCACUUUAACCAGCGCUUUAGUUGCUCAACCGUAUAAUCUUCAGGGCAGCUGRUAAAUUUUGAGCCAGGAACGUCGUCGUUUUCGGUCAAAAUAACUACUUUUUUCUUCAACAAACUAUCUUGUUUUGCCAUAAAAUAUUAUAGUAAAUGUAUAGCACAUCCGGUUCGAAUGUCCGACCCUCGUAUUACGUUACAUUUUAGUGACGUCACGUCCGCGCAUCGCUAUUGUUUGGUGAGAUACACUUCAGUUGCAGGUGAGACCGAUGAUACACAUAUUUAACCAUCAUGAUGUAACUGGUGAUUACUUGAUACGCUUUAGUUGUUUGGUGAGAUACACUUUAGUUGCAGGUGAGACCAAUGAUACACAUAUUUCACCAUCAUGAUGUAACUGGCGAUUACUUGAUGCACUUUAGUUGUUUGGUUGAGAUACUCUUUAGUUGCAGAUGAAAACCAUGAUACAAACAUUUCAUGAUCAUGAUGUAACUGGUGAUUACUUGAUACGCUUUAGUUGUUUGGUGAGAUACACUUUAGUUGCAGGUGAGACCGAUGAUACACAUAUUUUACCCUCAUGAUGUAACUGGUGAUUACUUGAUACGCUUUAGUUGUUUGGUGAGAUACACUUCAGUUGCAGGUGAGACCAAUGAUACACACAUUUCACCAUCAUGAUGUAACUGGUGAUUACUUGAUACGCUUUAGUUGUUUGGUGAGAUACACUUUAGUUGCAGAUGAAAACCAUGAUACAAACAUUUCACCAUCAUAAUGUAACUGGUGAUUACUUGAUGCACUUUGGUUGUUUGGUGAGAUACUCUUUAGUUGCAGAUGAAAACCAUGAUACAAACAUUACACCAUCAUAAUGUAACUGGUGAUUACUUGAUACGCUUUAGUUGUUUGGUAAGAUACACUUCAGUUGCAGGUGAGACCGAUGAUACACAUAUUUCACCAUCAUAAUGUAACUGGUGAUUACUUGAUAAUUCAUUUACAGGUGGUUACAACGAAACACGCAACUCCCAAUCAUUAUAUAACCGGUAAGACUAAGCCGCCAAUAAUACGUACCACAGAGCAGUACCAUCAAACGUUCAACAACAUGACCAGCAAAAGCGAGUUGGAAAAUAAUUUGAGGUUUUUCUCCAGCAUUCCGCACAUGGAGACGUCCAUUGGAAAUGAAAAUAUAACAAAUCACAUCCGGGACACCUGGAAGAGCUACGGAUUCGAGGUUGAGGAACCUGAGUACGAGGUCCUUAUGUCUCUUCCUCAAGAAGACAACCCUAACAAAGUAUCUAUAAUCAACGACGACACCAAGGAAGUAGAUUACGAAAUAGUAGGACAACUAAAUGUAACCGCUGGUGGUCUCCAGGGCAACGAUGUAUUCAAAUACAAACCAUUCUUAGCCUACUCUCCUAAUGGAACCGUAGAGGGAGAACUAGUUUAUGCCAAUUUGGGGUCAGAGAAGGAUUUCCAAGAGUUAGAAAAAAGAAACAUAUCAGUAAAAGGAAAGAUUGUCAUGUUUAAAGAUUUAUUUGGAGAGGUCAGGAAUGCCAAGUUGAGAGGAGCAGUUGGGGCCAUCGUAUAUCCUGAUCCUAUAACUCAUGCACUAGAGGGAAUUCAACCUGGCAAUACGUACCCGCAAAAACCAUGGAUGCCUCCUAAUGGUGUUCAAAGCAAGUCGUUGAGUAACAUUUUAGGUGACAAUAAAACCCCUCUUCUCCCUUCUAAACGUGGGAUGUAUCGUCGCCCUUUAAAUCAAACAAUGCUGUCUGAUCUGAUUCCUGCCCAAUCGAUUUCAUAUGAAGAUGCUUCCAUACUACUGAGAGUCGAAUGAAAGGUGAAAAAGUCCCAACAAGCAUGGCCGGUAACCUCCCCGUUGGUUACAGGUUUGGACCCGGUUUCAAGCCUAAUUCCUCAAAUAAAACUCUCAUCGUUAAACUAGAAGUCAACAAUCAGUACGUCACUAAGA